CAGGUUCAUAGAGGAGUGGGGCAGCGCGAGGGAGAAUCUGGAACACAACUUCAGGUGGACUCGUCGUAACUUCGCUCUCGUCGGCCUCUUCGGCAUCGCCCUCCCUAUAAUCGUCUACAAGGGCAUCGUCAAAGAAUUCGUGUUUUAGGAAUUCAAAGAGCAUGUGGUAAAAUGCUAAGUUACAUGUACAGCAUAUGCAAGACGAGGCCGCUGGGAGGCCAUACAGGACAUUCCUGUGAGUAUUCUGAAAUUUGUUUGAAUAAAUAGUGGGUGAAGUGAAAACUAUUAUUCUUCAGGACAGUAGAGUGUGCCUCUUUUCCAUUUUGAAUACUCUUCUUUUUCUUUCUUCAUUUGUAGAAUUCUACUCUGUUGUACUUUAUUAAUACUACUUCGUUACAAAGAAAAUUAAACAUGUUGGGAUUAAAUUAUCUGUGUUGAUAAUAUUUCCUCAGGCUUGUAUUAUCCGUAAAAAAUAUGUAUAUAUAUAUAUAUAUAUAUAUAUAUAUAUAUAUGGUUUGCAGUCUUAUUUUAUUUGUAUGUAGGAUUUCUGUAUAUCACAUGCUUUGCCUAAUUUCCCUCAAUAUAUUAAAGACUCUGUGAGCAUUGGGACUGUCAGGAUUGCUUGACAGGUACUGGAACAGUUCAUUGCGCGUAAAUCAACCUUCUACAACCCAUAAUCAACUUAAGAUACUUGUUUGCGUGCAAAAACUGCAAUGUCACAGUACCUCACGAAUGUCGAUGAUCCCGAUGAUCCCUCGAGAUGGUCAUGGAGUACUAGUUUAUUGUAUUAGAUUUAUAUAAAUAUUUUUGCUUCAAUAAUUGAUCUUCUCCGUAUUAGUUUAUUCAAUUAGAUUUCUAUAAAUAUUUUUGCGUCAAUAAUUUUGAUCUUCCAAAAUCAUUUAGUAUUAGUUUAUUCUAUUAGAUUUAUAUAAAUAUUUUUGAGUCGUCUUCCAAAAUCCUCUUUGGUGUUAAGACUAAUCAGGAUAUGCCAAACGCAACCAACCAAAAGCAAAAUAAGAAUUACCAUGAAAAAGUUGAUACAAAGAUUUAUGUAGUUUACUCAAAAUCUGGGUUAUGGGGAAGAUCUAGCAAAAACAUCUCAAUUUAGGAAAUUACAAGUUUCUGUUCCAAAAUUUGGCUCUUUUAAAGUGAUUUUCAGUUAUUUCGCCCUAAACUUGUUUUAAAAAAUUGAAAAAGAAGAGAGAUUUGGAGUCCAAAUGUUUUUAAUUUUCAUUAUUUUUUUUAGCGAUCAUUAAAGCAGUCAUAAUCCAUAAAUAGGGCAUGCAUGCUUGUCAGGAUAAAAGAAGUGGGCGUCCUGCCUCGAAGGGUCGAUGUCUUGUCUUUCCUUUCAAUCAGAGUGGUUGAUUUGUCAGAACAACCCAUACUGGACCUCCCAAACUCUUGGUUGUUAAAUUAAUGGUUGGUUGACACAAAUUUUUAUUCAAACAUUUUAAUUGAGGCGUAAAUAAAUUUGUUAUUACACCCGGUCAUAGAGCUGUGUACACGUGCAUUUUUAUUUAAGACAGAGAAACGACGUAGUAAGUGAUCAAGAAGUCAAUUGGAAAAGAAAAUCUGGCACUUAUAGAAUUGUGAUGGGCCCACUAUUAAUGAAGAAAAUCCAAUUAACCCCACUGUUCAUUUAUGAGAAUUAUUGACCACCUCCGUAUACAUUAUAUAUAUAUAUAUAUAUAGUGGAAAAAAUAAAAACAAGUAUCCCUUCAAGUAGAGUAGUCUUUACUCUCUAUCACUCCACAACAAUGUUACGUAACAUAGACACCGACAACGAAACCUCCUCACCGGAGGAGGACUGCCACCAAACGCCGUCGUCAGCCGCCACCAUAAUCGCCGGCAACGAUGACCUCUUGACGCAGAUCAUCGUCUGCACGCCUGUCAAGUCUCUUAUCAGAUUCAAAUCCGUCUCCAAACACUGGUUCUCUCUCAUCUCCUCCUCCCAUUUCUCUCUCCUCCACACUGUGCGACGCCCAAACCGCAGACCCUCCGGACUCUUCCUCCGCAAAACCCCCUCUCUCCUCUGCGCCUCCGAGUCCGAAUUCGAGUUCGUUUCCUUCAGUGACAGCAAUUUCUCUGGAGCCCCCUUCAGAUCUCUCAAUUUCGCCAUCGACCCUUCAGGUAUCAAAAUCUUACAGUCUUGCAAUGGUUUGUUGCUCUGUUGUAGUUUUCGGAAAGAAAUCGGAAAAGCAACUCGGAAUUAUUAUAUUUACAAUCCCACCACCAAGCAAUACUCAACACUUCCACCUCACAGUGGAGCUGAAUCUUCUACCGUUUUCGGUGUUAGUUUGGCUUUUGAUCCAUUGAAAUCUAUUCAUUAUAAGGUUAUUUGCGUUCGUAGUACGGCUACGUCUGUAUAUUAUUACUGUAUCGAUGUAUAUUCGUCCGAGACUCGGUCUUGGAGGUCAUGCGGGGAUCCCUUUACAACCUCAUAUGAUAUGGUGCUCACUGAUGGGGUCUUUUGGAACAGCUCGGUUCAUUGGAUUCGUCCCAGUGGAGCUUCUUUGCGUUUUGACAUUGAUCAUGAGUGUCUCGGAACAAUGCCGGGGAUUCCAAAUUCUGGGGAUUGGGGGGAGAGGAGGUAUAGGUACUUUGCCGAGUCUAAUGGCCAUUUGCAUCUUAUAGAGAUUUAUGGGACUCAGACAUCGCAAUUUGAUGUUUUUGAGAUGGAGAGAGAUUACUCUAAAUGGUUUGUGAAGUAUCGUGUUGAUCUUGUUGGAAUUGUAAAUGCGUUUCCAGAGAUGGAUCGGAGCCACCUUGACACUCGUUGUAUAAAUUACUAUGCUUACUCUAUACUUAGUCUAGUUCGAGAAGAUCAUGAAGAUGAGUCAGCGCUGCUGGUGCACAUACCCGGUAAGGUCUUAUCUUAUAAUUUCAAGGAUAAUACUUUCAAGGAGCUUCAUAGUUUUGCACCUGGAAAAAUUCACAAAAGGGGUUCUUUGCAAUUUGGAUGUUUUGAUGCUUAUAUAUACGUAGAGACUCUUGCGUCGGUGUGAUGAUGUUUCUGUCAAGAUUACUUCGUGAUGUAAGCUAUUUUUUCUCUCUUAUUGAAUGUGUCAUGAUUUUCAUACAUGUUUGAAUAAAUUUAAUGCACAGUUUCUUAUUUUCUUCCCUGCUA